CUCACUUUUCCUAAAAUCCUCUAAGUGAAAACUCGCCAGCUAUAUAGCGUUCCACUUCAAGGCUUCACUUCUCAUCCUCUCUUCAACAAUCUUAUUAAUUUCUCCUUCUACACCUUCAACAAUGAAGCUUCCGCACCAUCCUUCAACAACAAUUUUCUCCUUCAUCUUCAUCUUCCUCUUACCCUCCUCAAUCUCAUCCCAAACCUGCCAAAGAUCCUGUGGCAAACUCCCCCUCAAAUUCCCAUUUGGCAGUGACCUUGGCUGCGGCGACCCGCGCUUCCACCAGCACGUGUCAUGCAGCCAAGGCAACCUCCUGCUCACAAUGCACACAGGCUCCUACCCUGUCACCAACAUAGACUACAUCAACAAAGUCAUGUACAUCUCAGACCCCUCCAUGUCAACAUGUUCCUGCACCCAACCAAGCAAAGGCUUUGGCCUGGAUUGGGACUCGCCCUUCUCUUUCCAAGAUGACAACAUCUUCGCCUUACUUGACUGCUCAACUUCUUCCUCCCCAAUAUUCCAAUCAAGCACCCUAUACACUGAUAAAAACAACAACUCCAAAGUGUCCCUAUGUGACAACCAAGGCACCUCAAUUUGCAGCUUCUUAUAUUCUUGCAGGGCCAUAAGCACAAUCAACCUCCCAAUCUCCACAUGUUGUGUUUACACGCCUGUUGAUCUCGGGCCGGCUUUCGAGAUGGACUUGCAGAAACUGCAUUGCAGUUCUUAUUCUGGGUUUUACAGCUUCAACGAGCGCCAGUCUGACCCUAACAGUUGGAAGUAUGGGAUUGCGCUCAAAUAUAAAUUCAGUGUGAAUAAUGAGUAUCCAAGUUCAUGUGCUAAUUGUGAAAUGAGCAAUGGGAUUUGUGGCUACUUUUCCGGCGGGGCUUACAAUUCUUUUUUAUGUAAUUGUCCAAAUGGGAUAAACACCACCAAUGAUUGUUACUUUGGAGCCAAUUAUAAUUAUGGUUCGAGGCUCUCAUCCUGGCAGAUUGGUACUUGGCUAUUCUAUUGCUUGGCUUGCCUGUUGAUUUCAGUUUGGUAGAUUUUGAAAUUUGAUAGGUUGGAUUUGAAAUCCAUAAGAAAUGCAAGAGUUGAGGUUUGACCUUCGUUUUAAUAAUAUAAGUACGUUUGAGAAUUUUCCGCAAUGUUUGUAGGGCAAGUGUGUGGAAGUAAUGAAAUAUUUUCCUUUCAUGAGAAUCAAGCAGAAGAGGAUAACAUGAUGGUGUAGGUUUGUGGGUCGUCAGCUGAUUUGUAUUUAGCACAACUUUUAAGCCCACCACAGGGAUUGACGUAUUAUAAAAACAAAAA